GGCGAGGGGGAGUGUUCAGUGAGAGAGAGAGAGAGAGAGAGAGAGGGACGGACCAACACAGGAUAAAACCUCAUAAGCCUUCGCUGCCGACUAUUAAACAUCCCCCAAUGAGUUGGCACCAUCUCUUAUUUCAGGGCGGUUGUGUGGCUAUUUGACUCUCCGUGUCUUUGUCUGUUGGAGCAAAAUUUUAGCACAAGACAUACGAAUGUGGAUUUGAGCGAAGAGUGCAAAAUGAAUCAAUUUGCCCAGACCCUGAGGACUGCUCUGCUGGUGUUGUGUUGGUUUCAGGUAUCGACCACUGAAGCCCAGAAAAACUGCAGUGACCGUCCCAACGCAUCUAGCGGCUGUCCUUCCACCUGGAGCAACCAGUGGUAUGUGUGGCUGAUCUCGCUGACCAUGUUCCUGCUGAUGUUAUGUGGUGUGACAGCCAGUUGUGUCAAGUGCUGUAGAAGGGCCAAGCCCCAGACGCCCACUUUCCCCGCUCGAUCUUGCGAAGUGACUGUGAUCGGCAUCGAGAACGCGAACACCGACAGCAACGUGCCAGCCAACAUUUCUCUGCAAUACCCUCCGGCCAGCGGCGAACAAUUUUCUGUCCCGAACAACAGACUAGUCAUGGCUCCUCCGCCCUACAGUCUGUACGCCAUCGAAACCCCCCCAUCGUACGACGAGGCCCUGAAAAUGGCGAUACCCUUGGACAUCUUCCACCCGCUGCCGAAGCCUGGUGAUAGGGAAAACAAUGAGGAGACCAACUCAAUACAGGAGACUAUAGAGGAGCCCUUGCCUUCGUCCUCCUAGUCGAUGAGGCAUGUUUCUAAGACUUUGUUCCCAACUUUGGUAUGAGUUGUUGCCAACCCAACUGAAGUCAAGAGGACCUCAAUGUGCCUUCCUCGGUUGUAGGAGAGGACUAAUUUACCAAUGAUCUUGUCAGUCAGUCGUUGGUGCAUUGGGAAGAGUUCCCAGCACAUUCCCAGCACAUUGCUGGAGCUACAAAUCCAUUACUAAGUAAUGAAAUGUGAACUGUCCGAUCAGGAGGUUUUAUCACUGACAGCUGUGCCAAGUGUUCAAACUCAGCUAAAGCAGCAUUGAUGCAGUCGGGCUAUGUCGAAAAAGGAAAUGUUUUGAUGUCUCUGUCACAUAGUUGCAAUUCGUGUGUGUGU